CGAGUGGCGCCAUAUUGGAAUCCUACGUAUAGGAGGUCAGUAAACACCGAUUUUGAAUGGCGAGCCAAUCAAAUUCACUACCUCGUCCCUCGCAGCUUGCCAUACGCUCGCAAAUCUCGCAAUAUCCCUUUCACCCCGACACAUCCACCUGUUAUUCCCUCCUUUCUGUACGUGCGUACGGCCGGAACAUUGAUCUUCGUUGUUUUCGCUGUUUGUUUGCGCAAAGUGACGCGAGCAUUCUCGACAAUCGGUGAGAUUUUACCCUACGUAAGUUCGAAACGUCAUGGAGACUCGCCAUCGCCAACGACGUGACGGACCGUCGGGAGCCGCUUUUGAGGUUCCACGUGCUCGCGUACGGACCGGCGCCAUGUGCUCCCACGAGACGAUCGCAUGGGAAGUCACGGACAACUCCGUCGCGAACAGAAUGACCGACAACUCCCUGAUAAGUAAAUUGAGGCCGUCGCGGAGGAUGUCAAGGAGGACGAAGGUGCUCAACGCCAAGAUAAAGAAGCACUGCGGCGCGCAGGACUACAGGCACUACGUGGAACUGAAGACCAGCGUUCUGCGAGACUUGUCGAGCGACACCGACACCAGCGACAGCAGCUGCCUGUCUGACGUCGACUACGACAUUAUAUACAGCUCACCGGCGAAGCAGGCCAGAUACUUGACCAGAAAUUCUGAAAGAUAUGUCCUUGUCAGCGAAGAGGACUACAAAGACUGUAAAAAGAAACACGUCAAGGGUCGGGCGAUAAGCAGAGGCGGGAGCACAGAGAAAGGAGUACAGAAGAGAAAAUUGUCACAAACGAAAGCUACUGCGUCUGAGAAAUGUGCCGAUGUGAGUUGGCAAAAAGUUAAGAGCAAAAGCAGCAGCAUGGACGACUGUACGUGUACACAAGUGUGUACAAGUGUCUCGGACUACGAAGGAGACGUUUCGAAUAAUCGUAAUGUCUUUAAGGCUCGAUCUGGUAGACAAGGUCUUUCCCCGCGAUCAAAUUCUCAAGACGGUACAGCACCUAGAAUAGUGAAGUGUGGAAAUAAAUGUACGAGACGGAAUCGUGAGGGAUCUAAUGCAGUGGACAGUAGAUUAAGUUCCGAAGAUAGUACGAUAUCCAAUAAAGCAAAGCCUGUAAGUAAAAAUAUGACGCGGAAUCACCGAUACCAAAGUACGACAGUGGCUGAAUCAAAUGCUAAACUUGGUUCACGGCACUCACGUUGUCGGUCGUCUCGAUCAACUAGUUUAGAAAAUGGUAAGGAUCUUGAUAACGAAUCAAAUACCGGUGUUAAAUCGGAAAAUACCAAAGCGGCAGCAAGUAAUAGAAGCUCGAUAAAGAAUUGUGACAAUACGUACGCGAGUCGCAAAUCAGAAAGACUGUUAAACGCUAGAAGGAACUUGACACCGACACUCGACAAAGCUGUUUCUACGAGUAACAAUAAAGAUCUCGAAACAAGUAACAAUGUAAAAGAUAGAUUGAAUUGUGAUCAGUUACUUUCAGCUGCCAUACGUUUUAAUCGAAGUGAUACACCAUUAAGGAGAACACAAAAUACACCUGCGAUAAAGGAUCCGUCACUGGAUGCUUCGUCGCAGGACGACCAACAAAAAGACUCGGGAAUCGAUGAGGAUUCACCAGAUAGAUUUGUCAACAUUAAAGGAUCUGAUAAGACUGCAACUCGCAAUGUGGAAGAACAUGCGGAAAAGACACCUAUUUUGUCCUCCGAAUUGAAAAAGAAUGAUAAAGUAAUCGAAACAGCGGAAGAUUGUAAGAAAGAGGAUGCACAAUCGAAAGUUAGCAACAUUUUAAGAGAUCGAACUAAUGAUGAGGAGAAGCAACCUUCUAGGGGAGAAGAAAUAAGAAAUUCUCUCCAAUUAAAUCAAUUUGACGUAAGCGUAGAAAUAAAUCAAGAAGAUAAGAAAAACGAACAUUUUGCAAGAAUAGAAGAUUCAAAUGCUACUCAAAAACAGCAAUUGCUAUCUCCUAGACAAGAUUGUAUGAAGGAUGUUCAUUCCGAAUCUUGCAAUCGUGUACAAGAGGAAAAAGAUGGUGAGAACCUAAAGAAGUCCUCUGAACAGGAAGAAACAUCUCUCCAAUUAAAUAAGGUCGAUAAGGAUAUAGAAGUUACCUCAGUUAAUCAAGAAGGCGAGGGUAAAGAACAAGCGGACGAAGAAAGGAAAGAAAAUUUCCCUCAAUUAAGUGAAGCUGACAAGAAUGCAAAAAUGCAUUCAAUAAAUCAAGAAGAUAAAUCUCGCGUGACGUUGGAAGAUACACAUAAUAUACAACAAAGGCAACAAUUAUUACCUAAAGUUGUGUGCACUGAAACUAUCAACAAAAGAUACAAGAUAAUAGACAAGAAAAAUAAUGAUGGUAACAGUAAUAUUGAGACAAUUGCUGAUAAUGCGGACAUUGCCAACAAAUGUACUCCUGUAAAAAAGAAUACAUUAAUAUAUCGUCCAAAUAUCAUUGAUUACAAUAUCGAUAAUUUUCAAGAAGCAGCGAUAAAUGUGGGAGAAAUUGAUGCAGCAUUGGAAACUGAUAAUGAAGAGAUUAAUGUAUCGCCACAAACUAAAAAGCGACUUCAGCAGCAAGCAAGAUUGAAUUUAGUUGUGUGCAGCGAUUCCAGUGAGAGCGAUAAUAAAUAUGUAACAGCUAAAACCUCGCAAAAACAUAUUGACAAUUCAUUGUCAGAUACGAGUCGGUGCAAUAAAGACGACAGGUUGGAAAGUGAUGAAAUCGAUUGCGUUUCUAAACAAACAUACAUUUCCCACGGCGAAAACACUUAUGUACCUGGAAAAACUACAAAAUCCAAAGUUCCUACAGAAGCAGGAAAACUAGAUUCAACGAUGAAGGAAGAAAUAAAAAAGAAAGCAGAAUCGUUAAGAAGGUGUACACAUGAAACUACUGAUUUAUUUCAAUCUACAACAAACAAACAUCUAUUAGAUACAAAGAGCAUGUAUACUAAAAAUAAUGAGAAUGAAGAAAUAACGAGAGCAGAAUUUGGGACAAGACAUAAAUCUGAACAUGAGAAAAAUGCACAAUUAUCAAUGAAAUCACGUUCAAAUACACAUGUUAAUAUUUCUUGCCAGUACAGGCCGUGCAAUUUACAGGAACUAGUCGACGAUCAAGAAUUACUUGUAGAAACAAUGCCAACAAGUUUUACGUUGGCUGAUCUUUCUGAAAACGAGGAAGCUUUUCUCUUGAACGUUCCAAGCAAGGUGGUACAAUGCAAUUUGAAAAGUCAAGUGUUGACAUUAAAAGAAAGAUCAAUAAAAUGCAAUGGUAGUAAAUACAAACUAGUGCACAAAGAAGUAGGUACUACAACUUGCAUUUUUGCUACUGGUAAAACACGGAAACCUUAUAAAAUAACAAAUAUUAAAAACAUGAGUACUAUUACCGUACGAGAAAAAUUACCACAGGAUUCAAGAAAGACAGAUGAAUCAAAUGAAGUAUUCCAAUCAUAAGAACGGUAAAAAAAGAGAAAGUUUCGGUAAACUAAUUAUUAUUAUCACAGAGUAUUAAUCGAUAUAAAUAUUA